UUUUUUUAUGAAUUGGAUUGUUUAACAAUGGCGGAAAAUACGAGCUCGUACUACUAAGGAUGUGAUUUCUACACGAUAGGGGCAUUUUGGAUAAGAAAUUGAGCUAUGUUUCCCUAUAUUUUUAUCCUUUUAAGUUUUGCCAUCGACCAGUCACACAGUCAAGCUGGAACCAAUGCACCAAGGCUGGCACUGUAUCCUCCUCCAUUCACAACAACAUCUACAAGAUUUGGGUUGCUGGUUGUGAUAACCAACCCAAAUGCCACAACUGGAGCCAUCUCCCUACAGUGUCAGGCUAACUUAUUUUCAUUCAUUAGCAAUGCCCAGAAUGCAGUAAACAACCCACCAUGUGGAAACCCUAGCAUCAUAGCCACCACUGCAGCACCCCCUACCCCAGGCCCCGGUGUAACUGUUGACCCUAAUGUGACAACUUCUGCUCCUGUAUUUGGUACAACUACAGCUCCCACAGCUGGUGACUGGGGCGUUCUAGAGGUUCAGGCUUUACAACCUGAUCAGCAAAUAUAUCAUCAGCCUGUCAAAGUGUCGCGGAAUGUGGCAGCCACUGAGUCCGUGCGGGAAUAUGUGGUGGUCAGCUGCUGCACUCUUGCUCUGACCCAGAAUCUGCAGGUCGCCACUUUGGUGGUGGCUGAUCUCAGUAGGAACAGGACAGUCAACUGGGAUCAAGCUGCAGCUCGAGUAAAUAUUGAUACAGGGACAGCAUACCAGAAUCCAGCUUUUGUCAAUAUUUCACCAUGCCCAUGUGACAUUACCCAGAAUGCCUGUGAUAUGGAUUGCUGCUGUGACAAUGACUGUACAGCAUCAGAUACAAGUUCCUUUCGGGGGUGCAUCAGUGGACUCCCUGGGGGUCAGGCAGCACCUUACCCUGAGUAUUACUGUAAGUCAGCUCAUGUUCUGAAGGAGGACUGGUUCCCACUGAUGUGUGUGGAGAGGGAGUAUAAUGCUCUUAUUGGAUUCUUUUAUGCUGCUUCCACCACCAUAAGAAACUCCGAAGCUCUGGACAACAAAGUAGCAUCAGAAAGCUUCUAUUCAUACAGCCGUCCCAGUUUGUCAACAUCUCAGACCACCAUCUAUAAAAAAGGAACAUCUGUGAAGUCUAUUACAGCAGGUGUAGCUGCCAGGAGGGUGGGGACAGUGGUUCUCCCCCAGAGGAUUCUGUCCGGUCAAUGUUUGACCACCGCUCCUGUCCGCUACCUGGAGGAUCAGCAGUCUGACUGCACCUUUUCACUGACCAGAGAUCUGUGUAGCAGUGACAGCAUCUUCAGUGGCUAUUUCUACCUGCAGCCUUCCUCCAAUCCACUAGCCUUUGCUGUCCAAGGUAGUCCAACAGAUGAUAAUGCAGCAGAGACCAAUGUCAAUUAUUUCUGUACAUCAGAUUUCUCUGGCUAUGUCAAAAACUCCUCAGCAACCAUUCCUAAUGUCACAACCUCAACUUUCUUCAACUUUGCCCUACCCUCUGAUACAGCUUGUUUAGAUGUGUGUGGGAAUUACAUUUGUGAAGAAGGUGUAAUAACUGACACCACCGAACCCACCAGGGGGACUCGCUGUCCAUUUGACAAUGGGUCCACUCUCCCGCCAGUACCCAACAUCAAUGGCAAUACUUGCGAGAAUGCUGUGUUAGAUGUGAAGUAUGAAUUUCAGUGGAAAGGCACAAGAAUAGUUAAGGUAGAUGCUACUGUGAUUUUGGGCAAUAUUCCACUGUUAGCUGAGGUCACUCAGAGGUAUGAAGCCAAGUUCAACCAUCAGUAUGUCGCCAAUGGAACAGUUGCUUCAGAUAAUUACAGAAACGUCACCACAACGUACGACCGCUCAACAGGAUAUGACUUUGGGAAGCCUCUACAGAGUGGCAUGGAGAUAAUUAAUCAGACAGACAACACGUUCAUGUACGUCAACACCAACAGAUCCCAGCAAAUGGCUGUGUGGGACACAGGUGCAGAUGGACUGUGUUUCAAUGCUGGCAGAAGGCAGAUUGAGUUUGGGAAUGAUGUUUUCUCUAGUUGUUUUGUCAAGCUUUCACUGCAAGACCUCAAUAACUGUUCCAAUAUUAGGAAAACAUUAGUCAACAGAUUAAAUAAUUUAAUGAAAGCAGAUAAAAUUGGUCGCCUUGGCAACAAUAACUACUUGAAUUCAGCUUAUUGGAUCAACGUAGCAAGAGAGGAUAUAUCAGCUGAAUGUACAGGGUAUCUGGCAUCUCUAGAUGAUGCUACUAAUAACAGUAGACUAUCCUACGAGGCCCGCGGACUGUGUGUAGACAUCAUCAGUGGCAUCCACCUCGAUGUUAUGUAUGCCGUCACCGGGAAACUGAAUGCCACUCCCAUUUAUGAAGUCAUUGGAUCCAGAAUAAGUUAUGUUAAGUCUGAGUGGCAGUUGACAUGUCCUAAAGGGGAGACAAAUGCUUGCAACACGCCAGGUUUUGUGGACACUUUUGAGGUCACCAGCUCUGUCAGAUUUACUUUGGUGCCAGGCAACACACCAGAAAGACUACCAAGGUACCAGGAUAGUAAGUACAAGGACAUCUGUUCUCAGGACGUUUGCUGGGAAGCGUUCAUCUACCCGAUCUCCUCUUACUACGAGGGUGUGGACAAAGAUCAGGUCCUCAUCCAGGUCCUCCUCAUCAUUGUCAUCCUCAUUGGCUUCCUAGUCUUCCUCAGGCCUUGGUGGUAUAUCAUCUGAUCAUCGCUAGGAUUAUCUGAUCAUAGGCUAGGAACUGUGAUAUUACUAAUGCUCUGAGAACCUGAAUUGAUUGGUCGUCUAGAAAGUCGAAGAAUGAGUGACAAAGUGAAAAUAAGGAUUAAGGUUGUUUAUAGACAUAGGAUGGUGGAUGGAAGGAACAAAAGGUUUCCAAAGAAUUUAACAUUCACCUGUGGCAGGACUUUGUUAUGAAUGACUGUGAGGAUAAGACGGUGAUAAAAACUCAAAAUAUAAUGAUUUUCCUAUGUUACCAAAGAGAUGAAGUGUCAGCUUUGGUGGAUGUCAUUCUUGACAUGGAAUGGUAUAGUUUAAAUAUAAUUACCAGAUCCUCUGUGUCAGAGACUUAAUGUUUGUCAAGUUUAUUCCGUCCAAUCUAAGGCUUGUGUGUCAGAAAUGUUUUGAUAUUUGCCAAUGAUUUUGUGAACUCUACAUGUAAUAACAUUUGUUUUGAAUGUAUAGUUUACAUUAUCAGUAAUUUAAACAUGUUAGUGCAGAAAUUAUGUACGCAAGUGCUUGUUUGUACAUGUAUGAUUUACUGUGAGAAAUGAUUAUCAUGAAUUAGAAUUUACAUGUAUGUGUAUUUAUACAAAAAUAAAUUAUUUUUUAUACAAUGGAAA